AUGAUCAACAUCGCGAAGACCCAUGCGAUCUUUGCAGAGGGCACACGUGUCAAGGUCAUUAAGGACUGGAGUGGAUUCUGGGCCGGGCAAAUGCGCAGCAUGUGUGUGCAUGCUAUGACGUUGGCAACGCGAUCUGAAUCCAGCAGGAGCGAGAAUAUCAAAACGUUGAAGCUGCUGGUGGCCGAAGUGACUGGAGGCGAUGCGAAUGUAGAAGCACUCUACUCCACCAACAAUACUGGGGGCAGUGUCUCUUCAAGCGAUCAGGACCUUGAAGCCCUGGCAGAUGAGCCCGUCAGAUUCCUCACCCGGCAAGAGAUGGAGGAUCGGGAAGAUUCACAGUAUCCUGCUGACUAUGAUUGGAACUCGCUCUUUCCGGCUGAUUGCCCAAGCAAAUCUACAGAGGACGAACUUGGCCCGAAGCUUGAGGAAGCUCGUGGUGCGUUGCUCCCUGUACCCAAUCGGGUUGACGGGUCUCUGGCUGAGCAAGUCAAAGCCAUGCAAGAAGCUGCCCCCCAUGAUGAUGAUUUGGCAGCCGCCCAAGCCAAGGCUGCCAAGGCUGCCAAAAAGCGUCCUGUGCCCAAGAAGGGGGAAGGGGAAGACCCUGAUGAGAAUGCUGACCAAGAAGACGAACCACCAAAAGAAAAGAAACCCAGAGCGGCUAAGUCGAAAGCCAAAAAGAAGACAGAUACCGAUGAUGAGGAGAAACCCGCUCCUAAACGUAAGAGUAAAACCAAUGAUGGAAAGAAAACCACCCGGCCAGCUGCGGCACCUGAAAGUGCAAGCAAGCCGCCUGCAGAAGCUUCGACAGAUGACCUGUGGAACGAGAAGGAGCCUGCGCUGAAAGCCGCACAGAUUCCGAUUCCAGAAGGCGUUUCCCCCGCAGUGGUCGAAGGAUCAGAUGUAUGUCAGCCAGGAUUCACCUCACUGACUAUGUAUCCCAAUGUGAGGGGGUCAGUGAUCUUCCAAGCAGUUCCUGGGACCGCUCUUUGGCCAGAUGACAUGAACAACCUCCUGACCGUAGCAGGCAUGAUGCAGGCGGUCAAAGAUACCCUUCGGCUUCGUGAAGGCAGCACACUGCUGGAAUGUGUCUGUGUGAAUCAGUCGGGAGGGCCCAUGCUGAAGCAGAGCGGAGCCUACCCACGAGCUUUUGGAGAGUUCGUUACAGAGCAAUUCAAGGCUGAUUGGCUGGGGCAGGGGUGUGCCCAUAUGUGGGGUUUCAAAAUUAAGGGGUCCGCAGGACAGCCUCCUGUGAAGCUGGCUGUGGAUUUGCCAGAUGACCUGUCGUCCAUCCAUAUUGAGAGGGCACCGUUUGACUGGGCACAUGCUGAUUUACAACCCCUAAGGGAUUACCUUUUGCAGGCCAAAGAGGCUGGCAAAUUUGAGAAAAGUGCCGCAGUGCGAGAAGCCUUGAAAAAGGCAGCUGAGCUCAGGGUGAAGGUUGCUGCUGAACACAGCCUCGAUAUUGGGGAUCGGGCUGUGAAGCGCAAGAAAGACAAGGUGGCUGCUUUUGAGUCGAUGGACCCUUCAAAACUUGCGUUCAUAAAGCAUCUGAUUGCAGAAGCAGAAGCCAAGCGGCACACGGCACCAGCAGAAACCACAAACACUGAGACCAAACCUGCAAGCGUAGGUGGCACACACGCAGAGGUUUCCAUGGAACGCCCAGCUCCUGUUGCAACACCUUGCCGCACGGAUGCCACCAUUCCAGCCCCUAGCAAAACAACCGUAGAAUAUGUGAAGAACGCAGAUGGGAGUGAAAACAAUGGUCAAACCAGUGCAAAGCUGAGACAGUUUUGGUCAAAAUAUGUUGUCAGCCCUGAAGCAGCGAAGCCAGCUGAGAACAUCACCCCACCGACUGCCUCCGCCCCCAGUGCAACAGCGACACCUGCAACCACGGCUCUUGACAGUCCUGGGGCAGACACACAGCCUGACGAGCCCAUGCCACCUGCACCUGAACCCAGCAGCAACGCUCCCACACCUGCUCCCAGUGCAGCUCCUGCAGCAAAACCUGAUGAUCCGAUGUCGCCUGCUGAAACCCCGAAGCCUGCUGAGACCCCUGCUGAGACCCCAAAGCCUGCUGAGACCCCAAAGCCUGCUGAGACCCCAAAGCCAGAGGCACUUUCCAGAAGGGAACAGGUCCGAGCAAAGAUAAUGAAAAUGGAUGAAUUGCAGUACGAGACUUUGGUGAAAGAAAGUGUGGCCCACCCAUAUUUUGAAACAUACUUCAAAAUGUCAAAGCCAACGGAUCCAGAGGAUGAGGUUGAAGAUGCGGUGAACUGGCUAAUGUGGUUAGAUGAACAGCUCUACGCACCUGACUCACCUGACCCUCGAGAUCCUGGAGGGAUUUGCCGCCUGCCCACACUCAUCCUUGGGGAAACACACCCAACAGCGGAAUCACCACCUGCAGAAAUUCCACAGAGCAAACCCACUGAGACCCAACCUGCACAGAAGACACCGCCAGCAGUGCCAACAGCAAGUGUUGACAAUGUGCGUGCAACAUUGUUGCGCGCAACAACUGUUGACCUUCAGAAGUCACCAGGCACAGCACCCGAAGUCACCACUCAGCUGGAGCCGAAAGAUCCCAAAGUUUUGCCAAAGGUAGAGCCGACAGCUGCAGCAGCAACGCCAGCAGCCCAGCCGCCGAAUGCACCUGCAGUGACCCCAAGCCAGCGGCCCAAUGACACAGCAGAGACAGCAGAAGACAAAGCAACAGCAGCCCAGAAAAGGAUCCGCGCAAUCAAGGGGAAGUUUCAUCGCAGCAUCAGAAGCAAAUAUGCACCACCAGAAGUGGUGGCAAAGCAAAGGGAACUUGCUGGCAGCCUAACCCUUAGUCGAGAUCCAAAAGCUUGGACGCAACUCUUUGAAGAGUGGCUCCAAGCUGACCAAGAUUGGCUGAAGUCAAGUUUGGUUGUCACUGCCCGGAAUGAGAGAGAGAAUGCGUUGCAGGGCCAGUGGAAACUUAUGAGCAAAGCAGAACUGGAUAUGAAAUACACCGAUACGACGUUGGUGGAUGAUCUCAUCGAACGCAAGGUUGCUGAGGGGAUGACUGCUGAGAACCCGGACUUUCCGGGACGCAAGGAGCCGCACCUCAUGCUCUAUUGGUGUUGGGAUUCUACAACGAGUACUGACACCAAUCGAAAUUCUUCGGCUGUGGCGUCAUCUUCUUCGGGGGCUAUCCGAAACACCGAUGCCAGUGCUUUCUCAGCUGGUAACCUCCCCAUGGUAGCAGCCCCGGGAGAUCCAAAGGGGGCUGGGAAGGGGAAGGGUGUCGUGGAUGAUGGGCAAACUGGGAAUGGAGAGAAGGGAAAGCCAAAGGCCAAGGCCAAGCCCAAGGGCAAGAAGGGUGGUGGUGAGGCCAAGGAAGGUGAUCAGAAUGGGAAACCAAAGACAAAGACCCCGGAGCAAGAGUCCCGUUCAGCUAUGAAGACUGCCGCUGACUUGAUCCUUGAGUGCAAAUCUUGGGAAUCGAAGCUGAAGUCCAGCAACACGCCGCAGGAUCUGAUCACGGCUUUGGUUCGUGACAUGGCGGGCCACUUGGGUGGGUUGGAACAAGCCCGUGGCGACGUCGAAGCCGCAAUUGCCGCUGGACAAGAAGGUGAUAGCCUACUGACUGUGAACCAAACCUUGGCACAGCGGAUUUCCGACUACAAGAAAGCUGCGGGGCAUUGCAAGAAGCAUGCCCCAAAGGCGAAGCCAAAGGCUUCUGCUAAGUCUGCGGCCACUCCGCCGGAGCCGUAG